AUGAAGCUCCUUUUUCCCAUCUUUGCAAGCCUCAUGCUACAGUCCCAGGUGAACACAGAAUUCUUUGGCUGGAAAAAGUGUUUAAUGGGUUUUGGGAAAUGCAAGGACCACUGCACCAUGGGGGAAAAACAAGUAGACACAUGUAAGAAGAAAAAAUGUUGUGUUGGACCAAAAGUGGUUCAAAUGAUAAGACACUUCAUCCAAUCUGAAAUGCUUAACAUAUUUGAAGAGAACUCCCAAGGACUUCUAAAAAAUUUCAAGAAUUCUGAUCCUGUGAUACCAAUGAAAUAUCAUAUUUUAUCUGUUCUCCCCAAAAUCAUAAACAUUGAUCCCUCUAUUAAUACCAACACUGUCAUCAUCACAAAUCCCACCACUUUGAACUUCACCAGGACCGACACUGCUACUUCUACCAAGAGUGACAGCACAGAAAGGAGAGAUUCUGCCAUUGCUUUCACACCACCACCAGCAGCACCACCACCACCAUAGACACUGUCAACACCACAACCGGAGCUGGAAGAAGCUGCUGAGCAGGCCAUCCCUUCAGUCAUGAAGCUCCUGUUCGUGAUCUUUGCCACUCUUGAAAUCCUGGCCCUGGUGACCCCAGGAGCCCGCGCUCACAACCGCAGGCCGGUUGAUUUUUAUCGGCCCUUUAACGCCAUCUUCUGGCGAUCCUCGGAUGGUAGCCGGACAGAGGGCAGGUUACAGAGACCAUCCUUCAGUAAUCAAGCUUCUCACCACCACACCAAGUGUGCUGCUGAUCUGUGA